CCGGCCCCGGGGCCUCCAUGAUGGAGGAGCGAGCGGCCGCCGCGGUCGCCGCCGCCGCCUCCUCCUGCCGUCCGCUCGGCUCCGGCGCGGGCCCCGGCCCGACGGGGGCGGCCCCGGUUUCUGCCCCCGCCCCCGGUCCCGGCCCGGCUGCUAAGGGAGGCGGCGGUGGAGGGAGCCCCGGCCCCACGGCGGGACCGGAGCCCCUGAGCCUGCCCGGGAUCCUACACUUUAUCCAGCACGAGUGGGCGCGCUUCGAAGCGGAGAAGGCCCGCUGGGAGGCCGAGCGCGCCGAGUUGCAGGCUCAGGUGGCCUUCCUCCAGGGAGAAAGGAAGGGGCAAGAGAAUCUCAAGACAGACCUGGUGCGGCGGAUCAAGAUGUUAGAAUAUGCACUGAAGCAGGAAAGGGCCAAAUAUCAUAAAUUGAAAUUCGGGACAGACCUGAACCAGGGGGAGAAGAAACCAGAACUGUCGGAACAAGUCUCCAAUGGCCCGGUGGAGUCGGUCACCCUGGAGAACAGCCCGCUGGUGUGGAAAGAGGGGCGGCAGCUUCUCCGACAGUACCUGGAAGAGGUGGGCUACACCGACACCAUCCUGGACAUGCGGUCCAAGCGCGUGCGCUCUUUACUGGGCCGCUCGUUGGAGCUCAACGGGGCCAUGGAGCCCAGCGAAGGGGGCCCCAGGGCCACGCCGGGCCCCGGGGGACUCAGCGGUGGCGAGUCGCUGCUGGUGAAACAGAUCGAGGAGCAGAUCAAGAGGAAUGCGGCCGGCAAAGACGGCAAAGAGCGCUUGGGUGGCUCAGUGCUGGAGCAGAUUCCCUUCCUGCAGAGCUGCGAGGAUGAGGACAGCGAUGAGGACGAUGAGCUGGACAGCGUGCAGCACAAGAAGCAGCGCGUGAAGCUGCCAUCCAAGGCCCUGGUUCCUGAAAUGGAGGAUGAAGACGAGGAAGAUGACUCAGAGGAUGCCAUCAACGAAUUUGAUUUCCUGGGCUCAGGAGAGGACGGAGAGGGCUCUCCAGACCCCCGGCGAUGCGCCGGAGAGGGGACCCACCAUGAACUGGAAACCCGGCGGGUCAAACUCCAGGGAAUUUUGGCCGACCUUCGGGAUGUGGAUGGGCUGCCACCCAAAGUGACCGGCCCACCUCCCGGCACACCCCAGCCCCGGCCCCACGAAGGUUCCUUUGGCUUCUCCUCAGACGUUUUCAUCAUGGACACUAUCGGGGGCGGGGAGGUGAGCCUGGGGGACUUGGCAGAUCUCACCGUCACCAACGACAACGACCUCAGCUGUGAUCUGUCUGACAGCAAGGAUGCCUUUAAGAAGACCUGGAACCCCAAAUUCACCCUCCGCUCCCACUACGACGGCAUCCGCUCCCUGGCUUUCCAUCACAGCCAGUCGGCUUUGCUCACUGCUUCCGAGGACGGCACGCUCAAGCUCUGGAACCUGCAGAAGGCGGUCACGGCCAAGAAGAAUGCUGCGCUAGACGUGGAACCUAUCCAUGCUUUCCGGGCUCACAGGGGCCCCGUGUUGGCAGUAGCCAUGGGCAGCCACAGUGAAUACUGUUACAGCGGUGGGGCAGAUGCCCGCAUCCAUAGCUGGAAGAUUCCAGACCUCAACAUGGAUCCGUACGACGGUUACGACCCGAGCGUGUUGAGCCACGUCCUGGAGGGCCACAGGGAUGCAGUGUGGGGCCUGGCCUUCAGUCCCACCUCCCAGCGCCUGGCCUCCUGCUCUGCCGACGGCACCGUCCGCAUCUGGGACCCCAGCAGCAGCAGCCCAACCUGCCUCUGUACCUUCCCCACAGCGAGCGAUCAUGGGACCCCCACCUCAGUGGCCUUCACCAGCACCGAGCCUGCCCACAUUGUGGCCUCCUUCCGCUCUGGCGACACCGUCCUGUAUGACCUGGAGGCUGGCAGUGCCCUCCUCACACUGGACUCCCGGGGAAACAGCGGCCCAACCCAGAUCAACCAGGUGGUGAGUCAUCCAAGCCAGCCCCUCACCAUCACCGCCCAUGACGACAGAGGCAUCCGCUUCCUGGACAACCGGACAGGGAGAUCCGUGCACUCCAUGGUUGCCCACCUGGAUGCAGUCACCUGCCUAGCCGUGGACCCCAAUGGCGUAUUCCUGAUGUCAGGAAGCCACGACUGCUCCCUGCGUCUGUGGAGCCUGGACAAUAAGACAUGCGUUCAGGAGAUCACGGCCCACCGCAAGAAGCACGAGGAGGCCAUCCAUGCUGUCGCCUGCCACCCCAGCAAGGCCCUCAUCGCCAGCGCGGGCGCCGACGCCCUGGCCAAGGUCUUCGUAUGAUGCCCACCUGGCCCCGCCCAGGCCGCCACGCUGGCUGGGGAGCGGGGCUGGGCAGGUGGGACUGAGGUGAGGGGCCAGAUGGGAGGGAGGCUUGGCUUGGGAGGGCAGAAGCCCCCUGCAUCCUCACCCCCGAUGGGGCCCUCACAAACACCCCUUCGCCUGGCAUUUCCAGAGGGUGCCAAGACCCGAAAUCCUAGUCAGGAUGCCCUGUGAGAAUUGCCAAGGUAGCCCCUGGGCAUUCAGAGGAGGGGCUGGAGCUGCCUGGCCUCUUGCACCCUGGAGGUUGUGGUCCAGUCUCCCCUCCCUUCUGCCCCCCAUAGGUGACUCCAGCCUUGGUCUGUAGGCCCCAAGGCCUGGCUUCUUCCUGCCUGCCUUGGAGCCUGGUGGUGCUAACUGGCCCUUUCCCCAGGAGGCCCUCCCCUCGGCCCGUCCUUCCCCCGGGCAUCCUGCCGGGGCGUGGCCUCCUUCAGGAAUCGCCCUCCAGGAUGGUCUCUGGGAAUUUUCUCUUCACCCUGACACCCACUCCAGGUCUCUGAGCUGCCUUCUCAGGGGCUGUACAGCCAGGGCUGGGUGUCCUUAGGGAUUAGCUUUUCCAAGACGCCAGAAGGUGCCAGGUUCUCUCUUUGAACCCCUGACCCCUCCUUUCCACCUCCCUGGAUCCGGGUGGGAGCUGUGCCGGGAGGAGCCCCCAAUGCCCCUGCUCUGGGUCUGCCGGGGCCCUGGAGCCAGCUGCAGGCUGGGCUGUCCUCUGUGGAGGUGCGGGCCUGGCCCGCCCCAGAGCACGCCCAGUAAACCCCCUCCCCUCCAGUUCCUCAGCACAGCUUUCCAGACACUACCCAACGCCGCCAGGGCCAGUAACUGCCUGGGGAGCUGGUGAUGCCCUCGGGGGAGGUGCCCGCCCCUACCUCCCCCCAACACUCCUCCAAGGGCAGCCCCCCAAACCCCCGUGGGGUCACCCAUGGGGAGAGGUGGCCUUCUCUUGCCCCUCUGUGGCGCAUGGAGGGUGGAGUGGGGUCCCUCGGGUCCCCCGUAACUCCCUGUAUAUCUGUAUAAAUAAAUGGGAUUUUAAUGGAGCCCCACCCCCACCCA